AUGAGGACACACACGCUGCUGUCGGCCGUCCUGCUGGGCCUCCUGCUGUGGGCCGCCUGCGCCCGGGCCCAGGACCCCGAAGACAAGCAGCCAGAAGAGGAACCUGCAGCGGAGGAAGCAGAGGAGGAGGAGGAGGAGGAGGAGGAGGCGCCAAAAAAGGAGAAAACCACAGAAAUAGAGGAGGAGAAAGAUGUCAUGGUUCUCCACAUCAUCAACUUUGACAGAGCGCUCAGCGAGAACAAGUUUUUACUGGUCGAAUUCUAUGCUCCCUGGUGUGGCCACUGCAAGCAGCUGGAGCCGGUUUACGCCGAGGCUGCUGAGAUCCUGAAGAAGGAGGGCGAAGGGCUGCGUCUGGCCAAGGUGGACGUCAUCGAGGAGAAAGAGCUGGGCGAGGAGUUCAGCAUCGGGAGCUUCCCGACUCUGAAGCUGUUCACCAACGGAGACCGCAAGGAGCCCGUCGAAUUCACUGGGAAGAGAUCGGUCGUGGGAAUCACCCAGUGGAUGAAGCGUCGCGCCGGUCCAGGAGCUCCGACUCUGGACUCGGUGGACUCGGCAGCUCAGUUCAUCGACGCCCAUAACCUGACCGUUGUAGGAUUCUUCGACAGUCUGGACAGCGAGGCCGCUCAGGAGCUCAAGCAGAUCGCUCUGGAUGUGACCGACACUGAGUUCGCCCUCACAGAGAGUCCUGAGGUCUUCAAGAAGUACGAGGUCAAGGCCAGCUCGGUGGUGCUCUUUAAGAAGUUUGACGAGGGCAGAGCGGACUUCCUCCUGCCAGAAGAUGGAAAGCUGGACCGAACAAACGUGACAUCUUUCAUCAAGGCAAACAGCUUGGAGCUGAUCAUCCCCUUCAACCAGGAGUUUGCAGAUAAAAUCUUCACCUCCGGCAUCCGCCUGCACAGCCUGCUCUUCUUCAACUCCACCGUGGAGAGUCAGAAACUCCUGGUGGAGGAGGCCAGGCCUGUAGCCAAAGAGUUCAAGGGCAAGAUGUUGUUCAUUACGAUCGACGUGACGGCAGCGCUGUCUCACGUGCUCGGGUACUUCGGCGUGUCCGAGAAAGACGCCCCCACGGCUCGUGUCAUCAACAUGGACUCGGGAAAGAAGUUCGGCAUUGCUCCAGGGGAGCUGACGGCAAAUUCACUGCGGCAGCUGUGUCAGGAGGUCGUGGACGGCACUGCCAAGCCCUACUAUCGAUCCCAGGAGAUUCCAGAGGACUGGGACAAAAAUCCAGUCAAAGUUCUCGUGGGAAAAAACUUUGAAGCUGUCGCUCUGGAUCCGACCAAAAAUGUCUUUGUGGAGUUUUAUGCACCGUGGUGCGCACACUGUAAAGAGCUGAGCCCCAUCUGGGACCAGCUGGGAGAGAAGUACAGCGACCACGCCGACAUUAUCAUCGCCAAGAUGGACGCCACCGCCAACGAGGUGGAGUCUGUUCAGGUUGACGGGUUCCCCACGAUCAAGUAUUUCCCCGCUGAGGGCAAAGAGGAGAUCACCUUCACCGGAAACCGAGAUCUGGAGACAUUUUCUAAGUUCCUGGAUAGCGGAGGAGUUUUGCCUCAAGAGGAAGAGGAUGAUGACGAGGAUGAUGAUGAUGAAGAUGAUGAAAAGGAAGGAGGAGAUGAGGAUAAAGAGGUAAGUGACAACGCCGGUAGUGGCAGCAAGAAGACGACUGAGUCUGCAGAGGGAACGGCCAACAAAACCAAAGACGAGCUGUGA